AUGAGUGUUGAAGAAGUGAAAAAAAACAGAGCUGCUCUUGAAUUCUCGAGGGAGAACUUGGAAAGUGUUUUGAAGAGAAGAUUUUUCUACGCACCUGCGUUCGAAUUGUAUGGUGGUGUGUCAGGUCUGUAUGAUUAUGGUCCACCAGGUUGUGCAUUCCAGGCUAAUAUCAUUGAUGUGUGGAGAAAGCAUUUCAUCUUAGAGGAAGAUAUGUUGGAAGUCGACUGUACCAUGUUGACCCCAUAUGAAGUUUUGAAGACCUCAGGUCACGUCGACAAAUUCUCCGACUGGAUGUGCAGAGACUUGAAGACGGGUGAGAUCUUCAGAGCUGACCACUUAGUUGAAGAAGUUCUAGAGGCCCGUUUGAAGGGUGACAAAGAAGCCAGAGGGUUGGUUAAAGAUGCUAAUGCAGAUGCUCAAGAAGAUGCCGACAAGAAGAAGAGAAAGAAGAAGGUCAAAGAAAUUAAGGCAGUCAAGCUCGAAGACGAGGUUGUGAAGGAAUAUGAAGAGAUCUUAGCUAAGAUUGAUGGUUACUCCGGUGAAGAGUUGGGCGAACUGAUGGUCAAGUACAAGAUUGGUAACCCAACCACCGGGGAGACUCUAGAAGCACCAAGAGCUUUCAACUUAAUGUUCGAAACUGCUAUUGGUCCCUCCAACCAAUUGAAAGGCUACUUGAGACCAGAAACUGCGCAAGGUCAAUUUUUAAACUUCAAUAAGCUUCUAGAAUUCAACAAUGGUAAGACACCUUUUGCUUCUGCUUCUAUCGGUAAGUCAUUCAGAAACGAAAUUUCUCCUAGGUCUGGUUUGUUGAGAGUACGUGAGUUCUUGAUGGCUGAAAUUGAGCACUUUGUUGACCCAGAAAAUAAGAAGCAUCCUCGUUUCAGUGAAGUUGAGGGUAUCAAAUUGAAGUUCUUGCCACGUGACGUUCAGCAAGCUGGUUCUACUGUUCCUCUUGAGACUACUGUCGGUGAUGCUGUCAAAUCUAAGAUGGUUGACAACGAAACUUUGGGGUACUUCAUUGCCAGAAUUUACCUAUUUUUGAUCACUAUCGGUGUCGAUCCAAACAGAUUGAGAUUCCGUCAGCACAUGGCCAACGAAAUGGCCCACUAUGCUGCGGAUUGUUGGGACGCUGAACUGCAGACAUCAUACGGAUGGAUUGAAUGUGUUGGUUGUGCCGACCGAUCUGCUUACGAUCUAACUGUCCAUUCUAAUAAGACUAAGGAGAAACUAGUCGUCAGACAAAAAUUGGAUGAACCAAUUCAGGUUACAAAGUGGGAAAUCGAAUUGACCAAGAAAUUGUUUGGGCCCAAGUUCAGAAAAGAUGCCCCAAAGGUCGAGGCUUACUUGUUAGGUUUAUCUCAAGAAGAGCUUGCUGCUAAAGCCGACCAAUUGAAGUCGGAAGGCAAGAUUGUCUUUAACGUUGAAGGCAUUGAGGGUGACAUUGAAUUGGACGACAAAUUUGUUUCCAUCGAAAAGAAGACCAAGACUGAGCACGUUAGAGAAUUUGUGCCGAAUGUUAUCGAACCAUCCUUUGGUAUUGGUCGUAUCAUCUAUUCCAUCUUUGAGCAUUCUUUCUGGUCAAGACCAGAAGAUUCUGCAAGGGCUGUCCUAUCUUUCCCUCCAUUGGUUGCCCCAACUAAGGUUUUAUUAGUCCCACUAUCUAACCACCAGGAUCUAGUCAAAGUAACUGCUGAUGUUUCAAGGAUCUUUAGAAAGGAAAAGAUUCCAUUCAAGGUUGACGAUUCCGGUGUAUCUAUUGGUAAGAGAUAUGCUCGUAACGAUGAAUUAGGUACUCCAUUUGGUGUGACCAUUGACUUCGAAUCUGCUAAGGAUGGCACUGUCACUUUGAGAGAAAGAGACUCCACCAAGCAAGUCAGAGGUGCAGUUGAAGAUAUCAUUAAGGCUAUUCGUGACAUCACUUACAACGGUGCAUCUUGGGAAGAAGGUACGAAAACUCUCGAACCAUUUGUUACCCAGUCAGAGUAA